GAGUGCACAGAUUCAUUCUCAACUGGACAUAAAUGAUGAUCAAAGGUUGUAUAUAUGAUGAAUUCAUCAAAUCCCAGCCUCUACCACAGUGUGCUGAAUCUUAGCUUUGAAUGUAAAAAUGACAUUCAAAGCACAGAAAUCUUUAUUUCGAUGCGCGUGGCUCUUGUGGUCCUCCAUAGACUUCAGUCUCAUGACCAAGAUUAGCUAGUAAAUAACAAAUAGCUAAUCUUAAAAUGACUGUUCAGUAAAGAAAUGAAGCCCAACUGUCAGCUAACCGCAGCCGUUACUCUCUGCAUUUUCCCCCGAUAUUUCAUUUCCACUGGUACUAUGGAUUUGUGAAUAUCCACGACUGACCCAACCAGGUGGCCAGCUGGUCUUUGGCCAGGGUCAGGGCAGUUUCAGGGUUCAAAAAAUCCCUUUCACUGACAGACUGAAGGAAAGGUCCUCAAAAAUGGAGGGUCUUCAAGCUCCUCAGUGGCAGGAAAAGGUUUCCCGGACCCAGUGUUGUAUAUUUGUUUCCCAUAAGACUGAAAUAGUGGAGAGAAAUCAGGUUCUGAAACCAUCCAGGAGACAAAGUCUCCAACUGGUUUGUGGAAGUCCAGUUUCUCCAAAUUAAUCAGCGGGUGAAAUGCCUCUUCAUGGAUGGUUUUGAUUCUGUUGUUAUUCACGAACAAAGCCCUCAAAGCAACAUAUGAAAGAAAGUCAUCUUUCAUUAUUGUCUCCAGCGUGUUAAAAGAGAGAUCGAGCUCAGUGAUGAGUUUUGAAGCGGCUGCAGGGACUUCUCGAAGGUUUUGGCUCGAACAGUCGCAGGAUGUUGUUCACAGUGGUGACACUGACUGGUGAUUGACAAGCACAAGAAACAUCAUGACUUAUUCUCCUGAGUGCCUGCAAAACACAAAAUGAAACUCAAAGCUUUUCUCUCAGGUGCUGGUGUGGCACAAUCUAAUGAUAAAAACAGUCAUGCUAACAGCUCUUGGAGCACAGCUGCACAAAAUAACAGCUUUUGGAGCACAAAAUGCAUUACAGUGAAACCCAGUAACCUAACAUGUUGUCAAGGAGAAAGAAAAAAUCUGAAACAAAAGCAGGUAGUGUGUUGAUUUAUGUUGUGAGGAAGCUUUCACUCCCAUCAAAGUCACCCAGUCUUGAGAAUCCAAAUGAGUCCAGAAAUCUCAAGUGGCUGCAACCAACAGCGAACGCCAAGAAGUGGAUACUUGCAUGCUGAGCCAGAAACAUGCAGAAACCCCAAAAAAGGCAAGACGGCACAUCUUGGUCCCACUCAGGCAGUACGAACACCUGGAAGGAGGAGCCCACAGUUCAGACUCAAGGUCACCGUAAGGAAUGUAGUGAAAGUUCCCGAGAGGUUAAAAACACCACUGGAAAAAAUGAUAUUAGACCUGAGUUGGGACACUUGGAUUAUGGAGCUUCUGGACCAAGAGAAUGAAUGGGAGCAUGUGUUUAACAGCGUAGUGAAACAUUUGGGCGGUGGAAAAAUAAUGGAAAAUAAAAUUCAGUCUACAGACUGCUUCAGGUUUCCAUAUACCGGAAACAGCUGCUGCAUCUGUAAUUCUGUCCAUCCUGAGGAGAGUCCACACUCUACAACAGAUCCUUGGCUCACCUAUAAUGACACACAGGUGCUCCACACAACUGGAUCUGCAGCUUGUGAAGAACAGCAGCACUCGGCCUACAUCCUGUUUUACAAGAGAAACUGCCCAGACACCCUUCAGUUUCAUCAUAUCAUCCCUAACAACAGCUGUAGAGUUGGAUGGAGGAUGAAGACAGCAGAGAGAGCAAAAGAAACAGAAAUCAAACAAACAAAAUGUGGCAGAGAAGGAAAUUCCUUCUACGUCUCAACAGAGCAUCCCGGAUGCUUCUGUUGCUGCCACACCAACUAACCCUGAAAAUGGUAAAAAGAAGAAGAAGAAGAGAAAAUGGAGACACUACUUCUGCUGUUCCUCGCAAACUGACAGCGAUUCAGAGGCAGAGACCACCACUGUAAAGACACAAAAAAAGUCUCGCUGGUCUCUUUUUAAAUUCUGGAAGAGAAAAAGGCAGGCUGCUCCUGAAACGACAGGGGAACCUGAUAAAAUCAGUGACAGCAGCACAGGUAAGGAAUGUGGUGAAAGCUCCCAUCAGGUAAAAAACACCACUGAAAAGAUCCCAGCAGACCUGAGUUGGGACACUUUGAUUAUGGAGCUUCUGGACCAAGAGAGUGGAUGGGAGCAUGUGUUUAACAGUGGAGUCUGCGGUG